AUGGCAUCCACUCGCUACACAGGCCCUUCGUGCCGUGAUCUGGACAAUACCCUGCGUAUUGAUGCUGGAUCAUGCCGCGGAGGUUUCGACUUCUCUCUUUUGUUCGAGGAAUCAAUCCUCCAGAUCUUACCUAUUGCUUUAAUGCUAAUUGUUAUUCCUUUCCGUCUCUGGCAACUUUCACACACUCGGGACAAAGUUACCAGAUCAUUACUGAUCUUCCUCAAGCUUGUGGCUUGGGUAGCUUUGUUUGUGCUUCAAAUCGUCCAGGCAGUCUUAUGGGCCAGGCCGGCAGCCGAUAGGACCGAUGCUUCGGUCCCGGCCAAUGCACUUCUGACUGUCGGCGUGUUUGCCUUGGGCUUGCUUUCUUAUGCAGAGCACAUGCGCUCCGUGAAGCCAUCUUUUAUCUUAAAUACCUACCUCUUCUGCAGCCUGCUGUUCGAUAUUGCCCGGUCCAGAACGUUAUGGCUCCGCAGUGAAGACUCGUACAACACCACUAUUGCUAUCAUCACCACCGUCGCUGUCGGCGUCAAGGCACUACUGUUCCUGUUGGAGGCAAUCGAAAAGAAACAUGUGCUCAAGCCAGAGUACGCUGGCUACCCGCCAGAGGCGACAGCAGGUUUCUACAACCGCGCUAUGUUCUGGUGGUUGAACCCGCUUUUCAAAGUCGGCUUCAAGGGAGCCCUUCGCGUUGAAGACUUGUUCCAGUUGGACAAGGAACUGAGCUCCGAGCGCCUGCUAACUCGCUUCUCGGCGAAGUGGGAAAAAAUUACCACGAAAGCCCCAAACACCUUGCAGUGGGAGGCUAUGAAGGCCGCCAGAUGGCCAUUGCUCGCCGGUGUCCCCGCCAGAGCCUGUGUCGUGGCUUUCAACUUCUGCCAGCCUUUGCUUCUUGAAAGAUCCCUGUCUUUCUUCAACUCGGAGGUCAACCCCGCCACCACCAAUAUCGGAUACGGUCUCAUUGGUGCCUACAUCAUGGUCUAUGUCGGUCUCGCCAUCUCCAUGAGUCAAUAUCAACACUUGACCUACCGUGGAAUUACCUUGGUGCGCGGUGUCCUCAUCACAAUGCUGUACAAGAAGGCCACCUGCCUCACCCUCGUCGACAACGAUCCCGCCAACUCUCUGACUCUCAUGAGUGCCGACGUCGAGCGCAUUACUCAAGGAUGGUCCACCCUGCAUGAGAUCUGGGCAAACUCUGUGGAGAUCGCUCUCGCCAUCUAUCUUUUGGAGAAGCAGCUUGGGAUCUCCUGCGUCGUACCUGUCUGUGUCGCGCUUUUCGCGCUCGUCGGCUCAUUGGUCUGCAUGUCAUUCGUUGUUGCCCGUCAAGCCAAGUGGCUGGAGGCUAUUGAGAAGCGCAUCUCCUCUACCUCCGGGAUGCUCGGUUCGAUCAAGGGAGCUAAGAUGCUCGGUCUGCAGAACUCGUUCAUGAAACUCGUGCACGGCCUUCGACUUGACGAGUUGGACAUCUCCAAGAAGUUCCGUACCCUCCUCGUUUACAACAUGGCACUGGGCUGGUUGACCCGCAUCUUUGCCCCUAUCAUCACAUUCGGUGUCUAUGUUGGCAUUUCCAGCCAGCCUUUGAACGUCUCUCGUGUGUUCACAUCUUUGUCACUCUUCUCCCUCCUCGCAGACCCACUCCUGACCCUGGUGAUGGCUUUGAUGUCCUUUGCUGGUGCGGUUGGAUCUUUCCAGCGCAUUCAAGAGUUCCUGGACAAGAAAGAUCACUCCGAUGGAAGACACCACGGCAAUGGGAGACUUCACUCCACUGGAAAACUCACCCCCACUGAGACCCUCAGUCCCUCUCAGACUUUGACCAUGGAUGACAUCAGUGAAAAACGUCUCACUCCCAAGACCAUUGAUUUCGACCUGGUUUCUAACAUCUCCGACUCCGUUGAAUCCCUCAAGCGUCCCAUCACGGCACUGUCGUCUAAUGCUAUGACGAUUCAGAAUGGCAGCUUUGGCUGGGAGGCUGACAAGGAGCCAAUUCUCAAGGACAUCGACUUGAAUGUUGCUACUGGCAGCUUCACCAUGCUUAUUGGACCUUCCGGUUGUGGAAAGUCAACUUUGCUGAAGGCGCUUCUUGGUGAACUUCCUUCCGUGAAUGGCAAAGUGGAGCUAUCAUCUUCCAGUGUCGCAUACUGUGACCAGACCCCAUGGCACAUGAACGGCACGAUCAAGGACAGCAUCGUUGCCAUGUCCGAUUAUGAUGCCACAUGGUACACUUCAGUCAUCCAGGCCUGCGCUUUGGAAGAAGAUCUUGCACAAUUCCCCCGGGGUGAUCGUGCCGUUAUCGGAAGCAAAGGUGUCGCCCUCAGUGGAGGUCAGAGCCAACGUAUCGCACUCGCCCGCGCAGUCUACGCUCGCCGAAAGAUCAUCAUUCUCGAUGAUGCCCUUAGCGGAUUGGAUGCAACUACCGAGAACCACAUCUUCCACAGCCUGUUCGGACAUAUGGGACUCCUCCGUGAAUUUGGAACUUCCGUCAUUGUUGCCUCUUCCUCUGUCAAGCGUCUGCCUUACUCCGAUCACAUUGUUGUCUUGGACACUGAUGGCCGCAUCUCGGAGCAGGGAAGCUUCUCUGCGCUGAACAAGACUGGUGGAUAUGUUUCAAGCUUUGGACUCGGUUCUCCUGACUGGAAGUCUGCACACAAGGGUCAUUCAAACUCGCCCAGUUUCUCGAGUACUAGCACUGUCACCAAAGAGAAGUUCCCGAAGGAGAAGGAGACCGAGAUCGUGGAGGAGCCAGUCAACCAUGACGCUGGUGGUGACCUCGGAAUCUACACCUACUACAUCAACGCGAUUGGAUGGAUCCCAGCUGUUUACUUCACGGUCAUGAUCGCCGGCUUCGUCUUCUGCAUUUCCUUCCCCAGCAUUUGGUUGAAAUGGUGGGCCCAGUCUGACACUGCACACCCCAAGCAGGAGAUGGCCUACUACAUCGGUAUCUACGUGAUGCUCGGAUGUCUCGGUAUGCUCUGUCUCGUUGCUGGCACCUGGCAGAUGAUCAUCAAGAUGGUUCCCAAGUCUGGAGAAUUCUUCCACCGAAAGCUCUUGACCACUGUCCUCAGUGCGCCUAUGCUGUUUUUCUCCUCCACGGAUAGCGGUGCCAUUCUCAACAGAUUCAGUCAGGACCUGAUGCUCAUCGACAUGGAACUCCCUAUCGCUGCCAUCAACACUGCUGCGACUUUCUUCCUUUGCCUGGCCCAGAUGGCACUGAUUGGUGUCUCUUCCAAAUACGCCGCCAUCUCAUUCCCAUUCGUUCUGAGUCUGCUUUACAUGAUCCAGAAGAUCUAUCUGCGCACCUCUCGGCAACUGCGUUACCUGGACCUUGAAGCCAAGGCUCCUCUCUACUCGCACUUCACCGACUGUCUUCAAGGACUCGUGACUCUGCGAGCCUUCGGCUGGCAACACGCUAUGGAACAAAAGAACAUCGAGCUUUUGGACCUCUCCCAACGUCCCUUCUACUUCAUGUUUGCUAUCCAGCGCUGGCUCACUCUGUCGCUCGACAUGGUCGUCGCCGGUAUCGCUGUUCUCCUCAUCGUGCUGGUCGUUGCCCUGCGUGGAUCCGAUUUCGACGCGGGCUCCGUUGGUGUCGCUUUGUUGAAUGUCAUUCAAUUCAGUCAGAGCAUCAAGCUCGUGGUUACUUUCUGGACCAACCUGGAGACUCACAUCGGUUCCAUCCAGCGCAUCAAGGACUUUACUUCUGAUGUCGAAUCCGAGGACAAGCCCGGCGAGGACCAGGAUAUUCCUCCUAACUGGCCCUCUAACGGCGCCAUCAACUUCACCUCUGUCUCCGCGGCUUACAGGCCUUCUGAGCCAGUUCUGAAGAACGUUUCCCUCAACGUUCUCGCUGGUGAGAAGGUCGGCAUCUGUGGCCGAACCGGAAGCGGCAAAACCUCAAUGAUCAUGAGUCUCUUCCGAAUGAUGGAAUUGACCAGCGGCACAAUCACAGUGGACGGAGUCGACAUCAGCCAACUCCCCCGACGAGAAAUCCGCUCCCACAUCAACGGUGUUUCCCAAGACUCCCUCCUCUUCAAGGGCAGCGUCCGACUAAACGCCGACCCAACCGGAAUCCACACCGACAAAGACAUCUUGGCAGCCCUGAAGAGCACCCAACUCCUACCCGUCAUCCAAGAAAAGGGCAGUCUCGACACAGACAUCGACGAGAUCCACCUCUCGCACGGCCAAAAACAACUCUUCUGCCUUGCUCGCGCCCUCCUUCGCCCAGGCAACAUCCUCAUCUUGGAUGAAGCCACUAGCAACAUUGAUACCAAAACGGACGAGAUCAUGCAGCGCAUUAUUCGCGAGAAAUUCUGCGGCCACACCAUCAUUUCCGUGGCGCAUAAGCUCGAUACGAUCCUUGAUUAUGACCGCAUCAUCGUCCUGGAUGCAGGUCAGAUUGUCGAGAAUGGAGAGCCUUGGACUCUUCUCCAGCAGCCCAAGUCUCACUUCAGCAAACUCUAUGCCAGUGCGACGUCGAUGGAUGAAUUGGAUUGA